GCCGGGUCUGCGGGAAAUAAUCGAAUAUUCAUUAUUCGUGUAGUUUUGUGUAAUUUAUUUUCUUUCUGAAUAAAAUAUCGAGUGUAACAUUGUACAUGAUUUCAAAUUAAAAUACUAUAUAUACCAAUGUAGUAUCAUAGACAUAGAUUGUAUUAUUGCCUUACAAAACAUGCCAAUAGAGGAGGUAGUGAAAAAAGAGCCAGUUUGGCUCGAUGGCUGUGUGGAGAUUCCUGAAGAGGCCAUAGAAGAGAUAGAAGACUUGUACAAGGACCACAAGAUUAAAGAGGAACUUGUGUUGGGCCCAGAAUUGACAGUGAAACCACCAGAAAUAUCAGAAGCACAGAAGAUGGAAUCUGACUACAAAGUGAAGCUGGAACUGCUGAAGGAGGAACCCUGUGAGGAGCUUGCUUGUAAACAGGAGAAUGCAGAAGACUCUAAUAAUGAACCUUUGGCACAUUUAGAAAAUUCAGGAAAGGUUUACUUAAGUGAUGACAAAUCUAACAAUAAGUCUUUUAAGGGUCAAAAGGGCCAGCGAUUAAAGUCAAAACAAAAGAAAGAACGCUACAACUGCAUAUAUUGUACGGAGAAAUUUCAAAACAAAAAAGGAUUAACAAGACACGAGCGAACACAUGAUCAAAAAACAUACUCAUGCGAUAUAUGCGAAAAACGUUUCAAGUGCUCGGAUUACAUGAAUAAGCAUAUCAAGCGAGUUCACACGAAUGAAAGGCUGUAUAAAUGCCAUUUUUGCACUAAACGGUUUAAAGUGAAAAAUGUAUUGACAGAGCAUAAUAGAACGCACCCGAAAACUUUUGAAUGUGAUUUGUGUGGUAAAGCAUUUUGGUCGAAGAAACGUGUAGCAACACACAUACAUAAAACGCAUAGCUAUUGGAAAUGCGAUAUAUGUAGUAAGCAGUUUGAAGUUAAACGGAAACUCAUUCAGCAUCUGCGGUAUCAUAUGUAUUCAGAGCCCAAAGCGCCACAAAUAAUACUCUAUUGGGAGAAAUUAAUAGCAAAUGAAAAGAAAUUAACUUGCAAUUUGUGCCAAAAAAUAUUCUACCAACAUUCGAAUUUAGCUAAUCAUAUGCUGAGACAUACCGGUGAAAGACCUUUUAAAUGUGAACUAUGUGAAAAAACAUUUAUGUCUAAACAAAACUUGGAAUCCCACUCAUAUAUUCACACUGGGAAAAAACUGUUCAGUUGCAGUUUUUGUCAAAAGGAGUUUACACAAAAAUCAAGUUUGAUAUAUCAUGAGAAAGAACAUACAGGCGAUCUACGUUUUGCGUGUGUGUGCGGCAAGAAAUUUGCAAAAAAAUGGCGUCUAGAUGCACAUUCUCUAGUACAUACUAAAGAGAGACCUCAGUGUAAUAUUUGCGAGACACGGUUCAAAUGCACAACUUCGUUAGGAAGACACAUGCAGAUGCACGCCGGACUGACGUUUUCAUGUGACAUUUGCGAAAAACAAUUCAAUACCUUACCUAAAUUGAAACAACACAAAAAAAUACACGAAGGGAUAAGAUUCGAGUGUGUGGCGUGUAAAAAUAAGUAUACUUUAAAAAGCACCUUGGCAGCUCAUUUUAAGAAAGCUCAUACUGAAAAUACUGAAGAUUGUGAAGAUGGCACUUUGAUUGUUGGUAUUUAGUGUUUACCAGGGCACUUUUUUUGAACUUACUUAUUGAUUUUUUCCCGUCAGAUUUCUAUAAAAUUUGGUGGAUAGAUGGAGUUCCUUAUUCUGUAUACGUACAUAAUAAGCGCAAUUUUACCGUACCAAAGAUAAUUAAGAAGACAUAGAGUGCUCACUCCAUACAUCAGUGUUGUUACCAAAAAGACUAUUAUUUUCGUAAUCUACAUCUAACGUCAAGUAGCGGAACUAUAAAAAUUUGGCUGUUUCAUACAUUUUGGCUGGUCCAUAUUCUACGGGAGGGUAAUUUUUUUUUCGCGAUUUCGUGAUUGAACCCAUAGUAAAAUUUGCUCAGUAUAUUCCCAAAACCUCCCUGGCAACGGGAAUGCACUUAUUUUUAGCCACCCUGUCUAAUUUUUAGUUUUGUACAAUUAUAAGUUGUGAUCUCAUGAUCACUUACAACU